UUAUUAUUGAAUUUCAGCGGAGGGUUUGUAGUUUCACGGGAAAAUGGGGGUUAUGUCCAGGCGGGUUGUACCCGUCUGUGGUAACCUCUGUUGCAUUUGUCCUUCUUUGAGGGCAAGUUCAAGACAGCCGGUGAAGCGCUACAAGAAGUUGCUUGCUGAUAUCUUCCCGCGUAAUCAGGAUGCUGAGCCUAAUGAUAGGAAAAUCGGAAAGCUAUGUGAAUAUGCCUCCAAAAAUCCGCUGAGAAUUCCAAAGAUCACUGAUAACCUGGAACAAAGAUGUUACAAGGAUUUGCGUUGUGAAAAUUUUGGUUCGGUGAAAGUUGUCUUGUGCAUAUACAGGAAAUUUAUAUCGUCAUGCAAGGAGCAGAUGCCACUAUUUGCUAAUAGUUUUUUAGGGAUCAUUCGAACUCUUUUAGAACAAACUCGAGCUGAUGAAAUGAGGACCUUAGGUUGCCAAGCACUAGUAGACUUUAUAAAUUGCCAGACAGAUAGUACAUACAUGUUCAGUUUAGAGGGUCUCAUCCCUAAACUGUGUCAAUUGGCUCAAGAAGUCGGAGAAGAUGAUAGAGUCUUGCGUCUACGUUCAGCUGGACUUCAAGCUCUAUCUUAUAUGGUGCAAUUCAUGGGCGAGUACUCACAUCUUUCCAUGGAUUUUGACAAAAUUAUGUCUGUGACAUUGGAGAAUUACAUGCAUCUCCAAACAAAACUCAACCAUGCUAACGUAGAGAAACUUACUGGAACUGAGAUGGACUUCAUGUUGGAUGCUGCUAAGGAUCCUGCUUAUUGGUCGAAGGUUUGCUUAUGUAAUAUGGCGAAAUUGGCAAAGGAAGCUACAACUGUGAGGCGUGUUCUUGAACCACUUUUUCAUAAUUUUGAUACUGAAAAUCAGUGGUCUCCGGAAAAAGGAGCUGCUCGUUCCGUUUUAAUGUAUCUGCAAUCCCUUUUGGCGGAAUCAGGAGAUAACUCCCAUCUUUUGCUGUCCAUGUUGAUCAAGCACUUGGAUCAUAGGAAUAUUGCAAAGCAACCUAUUCUGCAGAUUGAUAUUGUUAAGAUCACCUCACAACUUGCAGAAAAUGUUGAGCAGCAGGCCUCAGUUGCAAUUGUUGGUGCAAUAUCUGACCUCAUUAAACAGUUAAGGAAGUGCUUGCAAAAUUUAGCUGAAGCUUCCGAUGUUGGAAGUGAUGAAUAUAAGUUACAUAUCGAACUUCAGUCUGCUUUGGAAAUGUGUAUAUUACAACUUUCAAACAAGGUUGGGGAUGCAGGGCCCAUUCUUGAUAUGAUGGCAGUGGUGUUAGAGAAUAUCUCAAAUGGUACUAUAACAGCACGCACCACGAUCUCUGCUAUUUAUCAAACUACAAAAUUGAUCUCUUCUAUCCCUAAUGAAUCAUAUCACAAGAAGGCUUUCCCAGAUGCUUUAUUUCAUCAAUUGCUUAUGGCAAUGGCUCAUCCAGACUAUGAAACACGAAUAGGGGCACAUAGUGUCUUCUCUAAAGUGCUUAUGCCAUCUCUUUUUUCUCCAUGGUUAGACAAGAAAAACAAGAAGAUUCAGAAGGUAGAAAGUGAAAGCUUUGCCAUUCAUGAUCAGAAUUUUGUCAGCAAAGAACCUUUGAAGAGGGAACCAUCAGAGGGAAAGACAAAAGCAGGUGCCAAUGGGAAAUAUGCAUCUAAUGUAUUUCGUGUUUGCAGCUUUACCCGUGCUCUCACUGAUGGAAAAGAUGAGCUGAGUUCUCUUCGAUUAAGUAGUCACCAAGUGAGUCUCUUGCUUUCUUCAAUCUGGGUACAGGCAACAUCCGCAGAAAAUGGCCCUGAGAAUUUUGAGGCAAUGGCUCACACCUAUAGCAUUGCUUUGUUGUUUACUCGUUCUAAGACAUCCAGUCACAUGGCUUUAGUAAGAUGUUUCCAACUGGCAUUCUCCCUUAGGAGUAUCUCUUUGGAUCAAGAAGGAGGCUUACAACCAUCACGCAGGAGAUCCCUUUUCACCUUGUCAUCAUACAUGCUUAUAUUUUCUGCCAGGGCAGGCGAUUUUCCUGAUCUGAUUCCAAUAGUUAAAGCGUCCCUGACAGAGAACACUGUAGAUCCUUUUCUUGAGUUGGUCGAUGACUUCCAACUGCAGGCCGUUUAUAUAGAAUCAGAGAAGAUAUCUUAUGGAUCUCAGGAAGAUGAAACCGAUGCUAUGAGGUCACUUUCGGCCAUAGAAUUGGAUGAUAGGCAGUUGAAAGAGACUGUAAUAUCAUACUUCAUGACUAAAUUUGCAAAAUUAUCAGAGGAUGAGUUGUCCAGCAUAAAGAAGCAACUUCUACAGGGCUUUUCACCUGAUGAUGCAUAUCCAUCAGGACCUCCUUUGUUUAUGGAAACACCACGGCCAAGUUCUCCACUAGCUCAGAUUGAGUUCUCAGACUUCGACGAGAUCAUGGCUCCAGUGGCCUUGAUGGAUGACGAGAUGGGGCCUGAACCAAGCAGAAGCCAGUCAGAUAGCAAAACAUCACUCUCUUUCAAUAACCCUGACAUUCUAAGUGUUAAUCAACUCUUAGAAUCGGUUCUGGAGACUGCCCGUCAAGUUGCUAGUUUCCCCAUGUCAUCAACUAUUGUGCCUUAUGACCAAAUGAAGAACCAGUGUGAGGCGCUUGUGACGGGGAAACAACAGAAGAUGUCAAUUCUUCACAGUUUCAAGCACCAAGAGACUAGGGCGAUAGUUCUUUCAAGUGAAAAUGAAACACAAUUUCCCUUCUUACCAACUAAGACCCUGGAAUAUUCAAAAGGAGACAUGGCAUUGACCACUCAGGAGCAAAUCCAAGCGCAAGAUAUGGUUCGCCUAUCUGCACAAUAUGACCCUGGACAGCAGCAUACUUUGAGACUACCACCUUCAAGUCCCUAUGAUAAGUUCCUGAAAGCUGCUGGAUGCUAAUAGAAUUUAAAUCUUAGAGAUCACUUUCUCUGUCGUUUGUUCAAUCUCCCAAGCAGUUGGCAAUUUAUUCAUUCUUUCUUUUAAGAGUUAAUCAUAAUCUUUCUUUGGAUGUUUUCUUACCAUUCGUGCCCAUCAGUGCAUAAAAUGGGCGGAGAGAGUGUAUGCCAGUCUCUUUUUCUUUUCCUGUUGUGGGAGCAGAUUUUUCCCCCAGCAAGUGCAUGAUUUUGGUGACAAUUGUUUAUACAACUUGUGGUCUAUACUUCUACAAUUAAUACGGUCUAUACAUGUAAAAUUAAUUUUUCCCUUGCGUUUAUGCUAGUCA